CAUAAGUUACAAAGUAGGAUUAUCAGUGAUUCUGAAGUAACACAUCGACUUUCCACGUGUCGCGUUUUACAUAAUAUUUCCGAAGUAAAAUAACCGUAUAAGCCCGAUAUGUCGAAAUCAAUUCAUUCAUACUGUCACGGGUAUUAAUCUAAGCCGAUUUAAGUAAAAGGAAUGAUGAACAAAUAUGCCACGUCAGGAAUGUGAAACAAUAUGAUACUUUUUAUCUUCCUUCCAGUCUCAGAACAGCCAAGACUAUAUAUCAUGAAGCAUUAAACCAACAACGAUAGUUACUGAUAGUUACUUGUCUGACGCGAAACUAAAGUGCGUUAUGAGAUGAGUCCCAGAAACUUGCCGUAUUUUUUAUCCGGAUUGGUGGUUAGGGGUUUCGGGAGAGGUUCCAAAGCGUUGGGAAUACCAACAGCAAAUCUUGAAGACAAGGUGGUAAACGGUUUACCAGAUGAUUUUGAUACCGGAAUUUAUUACGGAUGGGCUUCUUUAAACGGAGAAACUUAUAAAAUGGUUGCGAGUAUCGGUUGGAAUCCAUUUUACAAGAAUGAAAAGAAGACUGUGGAGAUUCAUGUACUGCAUACAUUUGAAAACGACUUUUAUGGAAAAGAAAUUCAAGCAAUUUUCACGGGUUUUGUAAGACCGGAGAAAGAUUUCACGUCCGAAGCGGAACUGAUCAAAGCAAUAAAAAGCGACAUUGCAUUCGCUGAAGAACAUUUGAUCCAACCAGAUAUGCUAGCUUAUAAAAACAAAUUCCUUACAGGGUAGAUGAAUCGUGUAAUAUUAAUUUUCAUUUUAAAUGUUGACCAGUUAGAUUUUUACAUUGCUAUUUGCACAUGAUUUAUACACGAUUGAUAUUCCCCCUUUCUGAUAUUCAAAAAAUGUACUAGCUCACUUUUAGGAACAGUACUCAUCAGUAUUAAAAUAUGCAGAUUUUAUGACAAA